AUGACCGCCGAGAAAAAGCCCGGCGCCAUCUGCGCAAAGCCCCUCCAGCUCCAACCCACGGUCCACCCCGACUUCAAAACCCUCGAAGCCUCCCGUCCACCCUGGGACGCCUCCCACAAACUGGAAUUCGUCCAAACCGCCGAGCCCACCUGGCAAUUCGGCUCCGGCCCCAACCCCACCGCCGACCUCAAACUCCUCUCCCAAUCCCACAUCCCCAUCGACCCCUACGCCCCCGGCCGCCCCCUCAACUCCAACUACAAACUCCUCAUCUCCGCCAUCGUCCCUCGUCCCAUCGCCUUACUCUCCACCCGUUCCCCAGACGGCACCACCACCAACCUAGCCCCCUUCAGCUACUUCGGCCUGAUCAGCCACGAACCGCCCCUCUUCGCCAUCGGCUUCGUCGGCUCCCUCCCCACAACCGAAGGCACCGCCAUAAAGCGGGACUCCCUCCGCAACCUGCACGAAACCAACGAAUGCGUAAUCAACCUGGUCUCCGAAGACUUCCCCGAAGCAGCCAACAGCACGAGCAUCCACGCGCCCUACGGGAUGAGCGAGUGGGACGUGAGCGGUUUAACGCCGGUGUAUGAUUGUGAGACGGUGGGGUGUGCACGUGUGAGGGAGGCGGUGUUUGCGAUUGAGGGGAAAGUGGAGAGUUUGAAGGAGUUUGAGAGUCGGUCGACGCCGGGGAAGGUGACGUCUACGAUGGCGGUGAUUGAGGGGACGCGGUUUUGGGCGAGGGAGGAUUCGAUUAAUGAGGAGAGGAAUUUGUUGGAUCCUAAGGUCCUCCGCCCCGUCUCACGACUAGGAGGGAUCACCUACGGGAGAACUUUAGAAACCUUUGAGCUGUUACGGCCAGACUUUGAGAAGGACUUGGGCGGGGUAGAGGGCGCAAAGAAGCUGGAACCUAAGCAUGCUCCAAACUAA